GUCGUUUCAAAAUCGAGAUCAAACUCUUGCCGAAGAAGUAUUAUAGCUAGUGUUUCACUGCGAUUUUGCUUGUUCUGUAGUCAAAAUUUUCCUGACAAUUUGUUUUGAAGAUGUUUUGGUGGAGAAGGAAAAAGCAUGAAGUCAACGAACGACAGAGAAUGUUUAUGAAAAAUGGGAGUUUACUACUUGAAGAGGUCAUUGCGAUCAGUGAUGAUGCUAAAUCUAAUCCUAUCAAAAAUUUCUCAGCUGAUCAGAUCAUAGAAGCCACUAACAACUUCAGCCGCGGUAAUCUUGUUCGCAUCGAUAGAUACCGACACUACAGAGGUGUGCUUGAUGGACGUGUCGUGCUUAUCAAGAAAUGGGCCUAUGGCGGAUCAAUUUACUCUGAGAAGAUAUACCGCGACUUAGCGGUUUCAUCAAUGGUGAGUGGUCACAAAAACUUCCUCAAACUGUUGGGAUGUUGCCUAGAAUUCGCUUACCCGGUUCUAGUUUGCGAAUAUGCAGAGGUCAUUACUCGUAGCCUAAGAGGAACAAGAUGUCCGAUUGAUCCAGCUUUAACAUGGAGUAUGAGAAUUGUUAUAGCAAAGGAGAUUGCAAACGCUUUAAGUUACCUUCACACGGCGUUUUCAAGAACUUUAGUCCAUAAAGAUAUAGAACCUUGUCAGAUUUUCUUGGAUAAUAAUGGAACACCAAAGUUGGGUGAGUUUUGCAACUGUGUUUUCAUUCCAAUAGGCGAAACAUUCAAAGAGUUUGUCUGAAUUGGUCAAUGAUGGAAGAUUUGAUGAGGUUGUAGAUAAAAAGAUGUUGGUUAUUGAGGGUAGAGAUAUAGAGCAAGAGCGAUUACAAAUCAAAGCAUUUCUUGAGCUCGCGUUGAGAUGCAUUGGUCAUCAAGGAGAUGUUCCAAAGAUGAUUGAAAUGGCCAAAGAACUUAAAAGAAUUGAGAGAUCGAAGGAUCUGUCCUGUGGUUCUUAAGGAUGUCUAUUGUGGUUCUUCUAUGUCACAUCUUUCUUUAGUCAAAGAUACUGACAUAUAAUAACUUUUUUCUUAUUAAGCUCCAAAUCAUCAGUGAAGAUGAUGCAAAACAUUGUACUUUUGUAGCAUAUAUAUCUGUCAUAUGUUGUUCAUCGGCUUUGGAUGAGAAUUCUUUGGCAA